CCCUCGAGAGUUCUGUAAGCGGGAAUGGAAGCCCCGUGGCCGGCUAGGCCGUGCUUCGGGGCUCUAGAGAAUCCAUCUAUACUGUUGGGGGCCUACUGACGAGCGUGGGUCUAGCCGUGGCCUGCCCUACGUGGUGCGGCGUGCGCCGGGCCGGCAACGGGCCGGGGACUGAGGACCGAAUGGCCGUGCAUUGGCCCUGUACUGGGGAAGCGUCUCGGGAAAGACGGGCCCGAGACGUUGUGGGUGAGGCGAUUCGGGCUCAUCUGACAAGGACUUAAUUCUCCUGAUGGCGUUUCGGCUUGGAUAUCCUGACCCCUCUCGGAUAGGUUGUCAGUCGGGUGUGGCCUGAACUAUAGCCAGAGCGGAGUUAAAGCAUUGCUUUGCACGUCCGUUGAGGCCUAGGUGUGUGUCUAGGCCUCAGUCGUGGUGGGAGCCCGUAAUUCGCCAAGAUGACGAACACAAAGGGAAAGAGGCGAGGUACCCGGUACAUGUUCUCCAGGCCUUUCAGAAAACAUGGAGUUGUUCCUUUGGCCACAUACAUGCGCAUUUACAAGAAAGGUGACAUUGUGGACAUCAAGGGAAUGGGUACUGUUCAAAAAGGAAUGCCCCAUAAAUGUUACCAUGGAAAAACUGGAAGAGUCUACAAUGUUACCCAGCAUGCUGUUGGCAUUGUUGUAAACAAACAAGUGAAAGGCAAGAUUCUUGCCAAGAGAAUAAAUGUGCGUAUUGAACACAUUAAGCACUCUAAGAGCAGAGAUAGCUUCUUGAAACGUGUGAAGGAAAAUGAUCAGAAGAAGAAGGAAGCCAAAGAGAAGGGUACCUGGGUUCAACUAAAGCGUCAGCCUGCUCCACCCAGAGAAGCCCACUUUGUCAGAACCAAUGGAAAGGAGCCUGAGUUGCUGGAACCCAUUCCUUAUGAAUUCAUGGCAUGAUAAAUGUAAGAUAAAUAAAUAAGACCUAAUUGA